CACUUGCUUUCAGUUUUAGCGACACACGGCUGUACACAGACACCAGCAGAGAUGGAGUUUGCCUGCAGUCAUGUUGUGUGUAACUGGAGGCCUGAUGGAGCAGCAUCCGCAAGUGUUUCUCUUAUCGAGCCCCGGUAUGACAACAGAGUGACAGUUAAACAACUAGAAGGUCCAGCUCCUCCACCUCUGCCUCCUCGUCGUCACAGAAAACCUCGGCCCACAUCUCUUCCUCUCCCCCUCUCCCCCUCUCCCCUCUCUCCCCCUCUUCCCUCCUCUCGGCCUCCAAUUGCUCCCCGUUCCCUCCCUCCUCCCGUCCCACCCAGAGUUGACAAGGAUGGAGAAAGCCGGCUGAAAGCCAACGUCAACGUCGUCUCAAUCAACAUUGGGAAGCUGGUCAACAUCAGCCAAGCCUCAAUUAUGGAGAGUUUUGAAAGCCCGGUGAUUUGUGGGAAAUGUAGUGCUGCCUUGUCGUGUCUGAGCUCUAUACAGCGGAACGUUUGGGUGUGUGAGUUCUGCGAAUGUGAAAACGCCGUAAACGACAGUGUGAAUAGAGUGUGUAUCGGUCAGCGAGCAGGCGUACACAGCGACGACCUCUACCUGCCGACUCAGAGUGAAGACGACUACCAGAACCUGGAGGACACACUGGUGGUGUUUUGUGUGGACAUAUCUGGCAGCAUGAGUGUCACUGCAGAGGUUACAUCAAGCAGUGGAUCUCCAGUUUACAUAUCCAGAUUAGAGGGUAUCCAAGACGCCCUCCAGAGGGCGCUAUUGUCCCUGAUGCAGCAGACCCCCCACAGGAGAGUAGCAAUGGUCACGUUCAAUGACGAGGUUGUGAUAUAUGGUGAUGGUACUAGUACUCCUCUCACUCUCAGGGACUGGGGGUUAGUUGACUACGACCAUAUAUGGCAACAGAGUGUGGCUUAUAGCAUCCCACACUGUAUUGCUGAGACGUACAACCAACUAGUACAGAGGGUCAAAGACCUCAGGGAACAUGGCGCUACGUGUCUCGGUCCUGCAGCCUUAGCUUCUGUUGCCAUGGCAUCGAGAUACCCGGGGUCAAAGGUGAUUUUGUGUACAGACGGCAGGGCCAACAUCGGACUGGGUGAGAUGGAGCAAACUCCCUCUCUGUCCUCUCCACUUACUCCGUAUUUCUACAAAGAACUGGCUCAUCAGGCCGUGGAGAGCGGAGUCAUUAUAUCAGUAAUGACUUUUGAAGGGACAGACUGUCGCCUGGCAGACGUUGGGAGACUCGCAGACACCACUGGUGGAAGGGUGAACAUCGUGAGCAUCGGUACCGUUGCGACAGAGAUCCAGUCGGCCUCCAUGGACAACAUACUUGCAACCGGAGUCGUGGCAACCGUGUUUGCUCCCGAUGGAGUGUUUUUUCCCUUUGAGGAUGAAAACAAUCACAGACUGGUUAGAGAGAUAGGGAAUGUGACCAAAGGGCUGGAGAUCACCAUCCAGUUUGCUGUGAAACCAGAAUUCAUGGAAGUUUUCCUUAAGAAGGACACACUUCCAUUCCAACUCCAGCUGAGCUUCAAGACCAGAGACAGAGAAAAAGUCACUCGGGUUAUUACUGAACAGCGACCUGUUACCAUCUCCAGUCGGAUUAUGGCCGGCAGCCUCAACAUGGCGGUGCUCAGCGUUCAUUGUGCUCAACUCUGUGCUAGUUUAACCAUGGAGGGUCGAGUGGAAGAAGCGCAGAGGCAACUAAAAGCACAGCAGAACCUGCACAACCAAAUCAGUAAGCAGAGGCCAAUCCACGAGGAAGAGAGUAUCUAUGGCAACUGGAUGGACACCAUGACGACAAUCUGUGAUGACAUCACCGGGGAAUCCCAGACUCUCUCUGAUGAGGCAGCGAAGGUAAUGUACCAGAUGAAGAGAGCCACCAGUGUCAGCAACAACAACGACAACAGCAGCAACACAAGUGAGAUCAAGAAGAAGACUAGGAGGAAGAAAAAGGUCCUCGUGGAGGGAAUGUAAAUAAAUCAGUCAUCCGCAUAUAUGGAGACUUGAUUUCAUAUUAAGCCAUGUUGGCUCAUAGCUAAAGGAGUAUUUCGGAGAUUUACUAUGGAUUAAAGGUUAACAUAUGAAUGUCAACUUUUACUCAAGGAUCAAACUUGAAAACAGCAAGAUCAGGACAACAAAACUUCCCAGCAAAAAUGAACACAAACAAAUAAGACAGACUGUGCCAAAAAGCAAUUCCAUUUUUCUCACGAGAAAGUUAGCCAUUUCAUUUGAUUUGAUAAAUAUAUACUUACUGAAGAGGAGCAGAUAUGAUUGUUUCUUGUCAAAUAAGAUAAUUAUUGUACGAACACACUCUUUGGCAUUAAUUAUAAUGAACUGUCCCUUUUUAAAAUGUUUUUGCAUACUCAGUAAAAAUGUGUUCACC